UCUUACCACUAAAUGAAAACCAGGCUUAAUCCAUUAUCCAUGAGUUGCGUCUAUCACAAGUAGAUGGAUAAUAAGUUACAACCACAACCAGCCAAAAUUAUAAAAGCAACAAAGUUUUGGGUCAGCGGGUAAAUAUAAUUAGAGAAAAAACGCAAUAACUCAAGCGGAGCCCGAAUCGACAGUCACUAUUGUCGGAACAAAUUCCACAACGUGCAAAGGCUGCCCGGAGAAAUGGACUCAAACUGUGGCAUUUGAAGAGGUAUAUAAAUACCACGUAGAAGCCUUCAGUUGAUCAAAAUGUCAGGUAUAACCGAGUCAUGGCUGGAUAAUGCAACUUGUGGCAUAGAAUGCGUGUGCAAGGUUCUUUUGCUGGGAGACUCAGGUGUUGGAAAAACCAGCUACGUUCAUCAAUACGUCCACGGAUAUUUCUUGAAAAAAUUUGUAUCGACUAUCGGUAUGGAUUACAGGGAAAAGUAUUUGGUCCAUCACCCCCGAGCUCCUGAUGGAACAAAAGCAACAAAAGGACAAAGAAUACACCUACAACUGUGGGACACUGCAGGACAGGAGAGGUUUCGUAGUUUAACAACAGCAUUUUUUCGUGAUGCGAUGGGCUUCCUGCUAGUAUUUGAUCUCACCCACGAGCAGUCAUUUGUAAACAUUAGAAACUGGCUUAGUCAAUUACAAACACAUGCAUAUUGUGAAAACCCUGACAUAGUAUUAUUGGGCAACAAGGCUGAUCUUCAGGAGUCUAGAGUAGUAGAUAGCAAUGAAGCAAGAAAUGUUGCAGAAAAUUUAGGACUAAAAUACUUUGAAACAAGUGCUGCAACUGGACAGAAUGUAAAUGAAGCUGUGGAAUCACUACUUGACCAGGUCAUGAGACGUAUGGAAACUUGCGUUGACGCAGAUCUAUUGCCCAGCAGUUUUAUAAAUAACAAUCGUCAUUCAACCAGACUUAGGGAAGUUGAUGAGGCAAAUGAAGAGUCAAGUUGUCCAUGUUAAUAAUAAACCACAAAUAAAGAUUUUUCGCACUAGCCAAUGUCAAUAGCCUGGAAUUAUUUAUAUGCAUCACUCUAACUGCAUAUCCAAAUAAUAUCAUUUGACUAGAUAUCUCCAUAAAUAUAUCUUAAUAUUGGCUAUAUUUACUGUUGAUACGCAAUUAGUGUCUUUUUUCAUGUAUAUAUUGAUAGAUGUUCUAAUUUGCAUCUUUCCAAAAUUCAUGUAAACCUGAAAGACCAACUAAAACACACAUAAAUAGUAGUAUAACAAAUGAUCCCAUAUAUGAAUUUGUAUAUUUUCUGUAGAUGAUUAACACUGGAUGUAAGUUUGUUAAUUGAAACUUAGUUGAAGUGUGUUUUUAUUUUGUUUAGCUUUUAAAUUUCAUAAUAAAGCAUUCGUGUUUUCAGGGCUAAAUUAUUACACAUGGAAUGUAGAAAUACAAUG